AUGGCCGGCCAGACGAGAACGGAGAGCGACGCCUUUGGCGAGAUCCAGGUGCCGGCCGACAAGUACUGGGGUGCGCAGACGGAGCGCUCCCUCGAGAACUUCAAGAUCAACCAGCCCCAGGACCGCAUGCCGCCGCCGAUUGUCAAGGCGUUCGGCAUCCUGAAGGGCGCGGCUGCUACGGUGAACAUGCGCUUUGGGCUGGAUCCCACCGUCGGCAAGGCCAUCCAGCAGGCCGCUGCUGAGGUCGCCGACCUGAAGCUGCUCGACCACUUCCCCCUCGUCGUCUGGCAGACCGGCUCGGGCACGCAGUCCAACAUGAACGCCAACGAGGUCAUCUCCAACCGGGCGAUCGAGAUCCUGGGCGGCACGAUGGGCUCCAAGAAACCGGUGCACCCCAACGACCACGUCAACCGCUCCGCCAGCUCCAACGACACCUUCCCGACGGUCAUGCACAUCGCGGCGGUGCUCGAGAUCGAGGGCGAGCUGCUGCCCAGCCUCAAGAGCCUGCGCGACGCCCUGCAGAAGAAGGUCGACGAGUUCGAGGCCAAGAACAUCAUCAAGAUCGGCCGCACCCACUUGCAGGACGCCACGCCCCUGACGCUGGCGCAGGAGUUCUCGGGCUACGUGGCGCAGCUGGACUUUGGCAUCAAGCGCGUCGAGUCGAGCCUGCCGGAGCUGCGGCUCCUGGCGCAGGGCGGCACGGCCGUGGGCACGGGCAUCAACACGUUCCAGGGCUUCGCCGAGGCGAUCGCCGAGGAGGUGUCCAAGAUGACGGGGACCGAGUUCAAGACGGCGCCCAACAAGUUCGAGGCGCUGGCGGCGCACGACGCCAUCGUGCAGGCGCACGGCUCGCUCAACACGCUGGCGGCGUCGCUGACCAAGAUCGCGCAGGACGUGCGGUACCUGGGCAGCGGGCCGCGGUGCGGGCUGGGCGAGCUGAUCCUGCCGGAGAACGAGCCGGGCUCGAGCAUCAUGCCGGGCAAGGUCAACCCGACGCAGUGCGAGGCGCUGACGAUGGUGUGCGCGCAGGUCAUGGGCAACCACGUGGCGUGCACGAUCGGCGGCAUGAACGGCCAGUUCGAGCUCAACGUGUACAAGCCGCUCGUCAUCCGCAACCUGCUGCACAGCGUGCGCCUGCUGGCGGACGGGAUGCGCUCGUUUGAGAAGAACCUCGUCGAGGGCCUGCAGGCCAACGAGGAGAAGAUCUCGAGCAUCAUGAAGGAGUCCCUUAUGCUGGUGACCUGCCUGAACCCCAAGAUCGGCUACGACAUGGCCAGCAAGGUGGCCAAGAACGCGCACAAGAAGGGGCUUACGCUGAAGCAGAGCGCCAUGGAGCUCAAUGCGCUGACCGAGGACGAGUUUGACACUCUGGUCAAGCCGGAGCUGAUGAUCGGCCCCAGCCCCUACAAGGGUUAG